AUGGGCGCCGGGGCCAGUACGCUGGCUUCACCUCCAGAUAACAAACCGGCCGCUGACGGCUGUCCCGUUGACCAUAAGACUCGUGAAAUCUGGCUGGCUCAGAAUAAGGGUGCUUCACCACACGGUCUACCUUCCGAAUUCCCUAAAGAACGCCCCUCUAAACUUCAAAGGCCUCUCUCUACCGAUCGCGAAGUUAGCAGCAUCCCACGCGCAAUACACUCCGGCAAGCUAGCAUCAUCGGGACAAUCACCAUUUCCCACAUCUCCCUACGCGCAGCAAUCUUCAGUGAAAGUUGCAUCACACGGAAUCCCAUCUAAUGCCGAAUCAGAAACAGGUGCUGACGGCAAAACUGGAAAUUGGAUAUAUCCGUCUGAACGCCAAUUCUUCGAUGCUUUGAUGCGCAAAAACAACACUCCUUCUUCUACAAAGAAUGCUGCCGAGCUAGCUACUUCUGUAGCCUCGAUAAUACCAAUACACAACGCUGUGAAUGAACGAGCUUGGUCUGAGAUAUUAGAUUGGGAAUCAAAGGGGCCCAUGUCAGACCCGGGAAGUUCAAAGUGUGGAGGACCAAAAUUAUAUUCAUUCCGCGGGUUAGGAGCUGAGAGUCAAUACUUGAGCCCUCGUGCAAGGUGGAAUGGGCUGUUGGGCUAUCAGCUUCCCUUUGACAGACAUGAUUGGGUCGUCGAGCGAUGCGAUGGUGCAAGAUUAGAAUAUGUGAUCGAUUUCUAUCAAGGCAAAUCGGAUCGGAAAGGUGAUGGUGGGAAGCUGAACUUCUUUCUUGAUGUUCGGCCGAAACUAAAUUCUUGGGAAGGUGUGAGAAUGAGAGCUAGCCGGUUUAUUGGCCUGUAA